AUGCUCCUCCCCUUGGUCGUGAAGGCAACGGGAGAGUGGGCCAUGCUUCUGCACCCUAGACAGACGGAUGGGCAGAAUCUACAGUCGUUUGAUGGAGCCAUGGGAGGAGUAUCGGCGGAUGCGAUCACCUUUUCCGGGGAUACAGAGAGACCAUACCAGGUCAAUGGCGAUACAUUUCCAGACUACUCUACCGCGGCAAAUCGAGCAUGCGACAAUCAAAAGAACGGAUGCGCAGACAUGGCAAACGAUGCACAGGCUGAUGUCGACUUUGAAGUGAGCGACUGCGACCAGCAGAGGGAACGCUGCAUGUCAGUGUCAUCGAGCGCGGCGGAUACGGCGUUUAGGGAAAAGGUGUCGUCUGAUGCUGAUUUCGAUUACUUUUGUGAACUGUAA